AUGCUUGUGCAGGUUCUCUUUCGUCUCCUUACUUUUGCUUUGAAUGCAUUUACUCUGCGGUAUGUUUCAAAGGAAAUCAUUGGCAUUGUAAAUGUGCGGCUGACCCUUCUUUAUACCACAGUAGUGUUCCUUGCCCGAGAAGCCUUUCGUAGAGCGUGCCUGAGCCACUCCACACAGCAGAGCUGGACACAGACUAUACACCUCACCUGGCUUGCUGUUCCAUUAGGAAUCGGCUGGUCGUUCAUUCUAGGGUGGAUAUGGCUUAGAGUUUUGGAAGUCCCGGACCCUGAAAUCAUCCCACAUUAUGGCAUUGGAGUUUUGGCUUUUGGAGUGUCAGCUGUGGUGGAACUUCUAGCAGAACCAUUUUGGGUACUUGCACAAGCUCAUCUUUUCGUAAGGUUAAAGGUAGUUGCUGAGAGUCUUGCAAUUAUCCUUCGUUGCUCAGUCACUGUAAUUCUGGUGCUUCUUUUUCCUCAAUGGGGACUUCUCAUAUUUUCAUUCACACAAAUCCUGUACACCAGUCUGCUGGCUUUAUGUUACAUACUGUACUUUGCAAAGUUCCUGGGCUCUAAGGAGGCAGCGAAAAAACAAUUCCCAUUGCACAGCAUGAAGGAAUUCUUACCUAGAUACUGUGCCACAAAGGACUUCAUAGACUGGAAACAGGCCUGGCUAGCCUGGAGUUUCUUCAAGCAAUCCUUUUUAAAGCAGAUUCUAACAGAAGGUGAACGCUAUGUGAUGACAUUUCUGAAUGUUCUGUCAUUUGGUGAUCAGGGAGUGUAUGACAUUGUGAACAAUCUGGGCUCACUCGUAGCACGAUUUAUUUUCUUGCCCAUAGAGGAGAGCUUCUAUGUCUAUUUCUCAAAGGUGUUGGAAAGAGGAAAGGAUGUUGGGAAUCAGAGGAAGGAAGAGAUUUCUGCAGCAUCCGCAGUCCUGGAGUCCCUUCUGAAACUAGUGACCCUGAUUGGCCUUGUUAUCAUUGCAUUUGGAUAUGCUUAUUCCCAGCUAGCUCUUGAUAUUUAUGGAGGAUCUAUGCUAAGUGGAGGCUCUGGUCCUGUUCUUCUGCGCUGCUACUGUUUGUAUGUUCUCCUGCUGGCAAUUAAUGGUGUUACUGAAUGUUUUACCUUUGCUUCAAUGAGUAAGGAGGAAGUAGACCGGUACAAUUAUGUCAUGCUGGGCCUUUCCCUCAGUUUCCUCUGCCUCUCCUACUAUAUGACUCUUUGGUUGGGAAGUGUGGGAUUUAUCCUUGCAAACUGUUUUAACAUGGGCUUACGGAUCACUCACAGCUUAUUCUACAUUAGGAGAUAUUUCAAGGAGAGCCCCUACCAGCCCCUUGCCGGGCUUCGUCCAUCCACUGCUGUCAUUGGUGUUCUUUGUCUCUGUGCUGCAGUAACCGGAUAUUCAGAGAUGAAUCUGUGCUGUGACAUGGGCUGGCCUUACCGCCUUACACACAUCUUUGUUGGAGCACUAUGUCUGGGUGCAACACUGGCUACUCUUGUCCUUUCAGAAAGCAAACUGAUUCAUUUCAUACGUAGCCAUUUUCUAUCAAAAAAGCCAAAGAAGAAAGUUUAG